CCAAAUCAUUGCAAAUCCACCAUCGAAGAAGAAAAAUGGCUUCAAAAUCGAAGCUUCCACUGGAUACAGGAACUAAUAACAGGCCCGACUAACAUGUAUAAAGCCUCAGCUCGAGUCCAGGGUUGAAGGUCUCUCCUCCUCCGAUAACAGCAAUUCCAGCAACGAUCACCGAUCAGUACAUCGCAAUCGAUUCGAACAAGACAAGUACAAACGUCAACACCAACCUUCCGCGAGUAACAGCAGCCCUCGUCGCAGCUCUCAUCGCAGCCCUCCCGACCACACUGGCUCGCCUCACUCCCCUUCGAACCCCCCUCACCACCCUGCUCCCCCGAACGUCCAGAACCCCCAUCCGCACAAUGUCCACGUCCACCCCCUCCCCCCUCAAAAUCACCCUCCGCCCCUGGAACGCCCGCGGCCACGCCAACCACGACUGGCUCUACACCUUCCACACCUUCUCCUUCGCCACGUACCACUCCCCCACGCACACGGGCUUCGGCCCCCUCCGCGUCAUCAACGAAGACCGCGUCAAGCCCUCGACGGGCUUCGGCACGCACGCCCACGCCGAAUUCCUCAUCUGGUCGUACAUCAUCUCCGGCACCCUCGAGCACAAAGACAGCCUGGGCAACCUGGAGUAUCUGAAGCGGGGCGAUGUGCAAUUCACGAGCGCGGGGACGGGGAUCCGACAUUCGGAGUAUAACCGCGAUAAGCACGAGGAGGUGCAUUUUUUGCAGAUUUGGGCGCGGCCGGAUACCAGGGGCUUGAAGCCGAGGUAUGAGACGAGGCGGUUUGGGGAUGAGGUGAAGAGGGAUAGGUUGGUUAGGGUUAUGGAGUCUACGAAGAGGAAGGGUGAGGGGGAGGGUGCGAUUGCGCUUGAUGCGGAUUUGAGUAUGGAUGCGUGUAUUCUGAGUCCUGGGAAAAGGGUCGUGCAUGAAGUUGUGGCCCAGGGGGAGAGGAAGGUGUAUUUGCAUGUGGUUAUGGGUGAGCGGGAGCAGCCGAGGGAGGGAGGGGCGAGGAUUAGGGUUGGGGAUGUUGUGUUGGGGGAGGGGGAUGGGGCGUAUGUUGAGGGGGUACAUGGGCCGGGGAGGAUUGAGGUGGAGAGUGUGGGGGAGAGAGCGGCGGAGUUUUUGUUGUUUGAUAUGGGGCCGGGGGGAAAUUGA